UAUGCCUUGAUAUAUUCUAUAGGUAGAGGACCUUUGCUAAUAUACCUACUGUACCUCUCUUCCCCUUAAUAUUUCUAGCAACCUUGUCUGCUCUCUUUUCCUAAAUAUCUUGUCAAGAGUGAUCCCAAUGGAAACUUCACAGCCUCUCUCUAUUGAAAGCUUUUCAUAUAGUUGGUUAGUUAACCUGCAACCAUCUCUGGAAAGCCUAGACAGUUCUUUCAGGGCCUCACUUGAUGCAUCAGAUGAAGCUUCCUUCAUUGAGAUGGACCCAAGAAUGCCACCAUCUAAGAGAUUCUUCAGAAAUUCUCAGGAGUUCAAAUUUGACUUCCCCGUUUCACAAUCUCCUCAUACUCUUGUUCAUGCUGAUGAGCUCUUCUCCAAUGGCUAUGUCAUGCCUCUCUUUGUCGAUCCGUUAACGAUAGAGCCUUAUGAAGUCUCAGAUUCAACCGCAGCCCUUCCGACCUCUUCACAUCCCCCAAAAACUGUGGUUUCAGCUUGUAAACCUCGUCGCUGCUCUUCACUGAGAAGGUGCAGGAGAGCGUCAAAGCAAAUAAUUCAGAAGUACUUGGAUUUUCUUAGGCCAUUUUAUCGAAGAUUUCGAGGCCACAGGUCAAGUUCUAGAGCUGAAAAUGUUGAUUCAAAAGUUCAGGUAAUGAAGAGCUGGGAAUAUUCAGCAGAAACAUCUCCAAGAAUCAGUGUAGCUAAUUCUGUCGACGAUUGUUGGCGAAGAUCUUGUGAUUCUGAGAGCUCUAUUUAUGAGGCAGUUCUCCAUUGCAAAAGAUCAAAUGGGAAAUAAAUCGAGGUUGCUGUACAAAGGAGUCGAAAAGAAGAAAAGAAAGCAGCAAUGUUGAUAUUCACAUGGGAAAGAAAAUGAGAGAGGAAUAAAGAAAGAUCAGCAACCACUUGUUUCUUGUUCUUUUCUUCUACUCUUCUGUGAGGAUAAUGUAAAUUUGUUUUCUCAUUAAGAAAUAUUUAGAAGUUGCGUGGAUGGUCGGGCCAUGAGGGAGAGAAAAGAAGAAGAAGAAGAAGAAUUUAAGGAUAAAUUUUAAAUUUUGUUUUUUUUUUGUCUUCUCCUUCAUGGGAGAAAAGCUACCAGCGACAAAGACUCUCUCCCUUAUUUCUGUAUAGUUUUCUUUUAAUGGAAACAGGAUUAUUCUAUUCAUUAAA